GGGUCCCGAGUCCUUGGAGAGGUGCUUCCCGCGGGGCCCACCGGACUGCGCCAAGAUGCUGGACGGCAUCAAAAUGGAAGACCACCCCCUGCGCUCGGGGCCGGCCACGCUGGGAGUGCUGCUGGGGUCCGAGUGCCAGCACCAGGCCGUCUGCGAGGGCUGCCAGCGGCCCAUCUCGGACCGGUUCCUGAUGCGGGUGAACGAGUCCUCCUGGCAUGAGGAGUGCCUACAGUGCGCCGCGUGCCAGCAGGCGCUCACCACCAGCUGCUACUUCCGGGACCGCAAGCUCUACUGCAAGCAGGACUACCAACAGCUGUUCGCCGCCAAGUGCAGCGGCUGCAUGGAGAAGAUCGCGCCGACGGAGUUCGUGAUGCGCGCCCUGGAGUGCGUGUACCACCUGAGCUGCUUCUGCUGCUGCGUGUGCGAGCGCCAGCUGAGGAAAGGCGACGAGUUUGUGCUCAAGGAAGGGCAGCUGCUCUGCAAAAGUGACUAUGAGAAAGAGAAGGACUUGUUGAGCUCGGUCAGCCCAGACGACUCAGACUCAGUCAAGAGUGAUGAUGAAGAUGGAGAUGUUAAGCCCACCAAAGGCCAAGUAACCCAAGGAAAAGGAAGCGAUGAUGGGAAGGACCCAAGAAGGCCCAAACGACCACGGACAAUACUCACCACCCAGCAGAGACGAGCCUUCAAAGCUUCCUUUGAGGUCUCCUCUAAGCCCUGCAGAAAGGUCAGAGAAACGUUGGCAGCUGAAACGGGGCUCAGCGUGCGAGUGGUCCAGGUCUGGUUCCAAAACCAAAGAGCAAAGAUGAAAAAGCUGGCACGAAGGCACCAACAGCAGCAGGAGCAGCAGAACUCGCAGCGACUAGGACAAGAAGUAAUGUCCAACCGAAUGGAAGGGAUGAUGACAUCUUACACACCACUUGCACCACCACAGCAGCAGAUUGUAGCAAUGGAGCAAAGCAGUUAUGGCACAGACCCAUUUCAGCAGGGUCUUACACCUCCACAAAUGCCAGGCGACCACAUGAACCCCUAUGGAAACGACUCCAUUUUUCAUGAUAUCGACAGUGAUACCUCUUUAACUAGCUUGAGCGACUGUUUUCUUGCCUCUUCCGAAGUUAACUCCAUGCAGGCUAGAGUAGGAAAUCCCAUUGACAGGCUGUACUCUAUGCAGAGCUCCUAUUUCGCCUCAUGAAAGUAAAGGAAGCCCAGAGCCGGCGUUGCUCAGCCCGGGACGUUCCCAGUGCAGACUCUACAGCCAUAUGUUGCCCAGCUCUUCCUUCACAGUGACUCUGCUGCCUCUGGACUGCAAAGAGCCUUUUUUUAGGAAGACUGUCUCUGUUUGCAUAUAUGUGUAUGUAUGCAAUGCAUUUUAAUACCUGCAUACAUACAUAUAUAGAGAGACAAAACACAUCCACCCGUCCCGUCCCCUUGGUUCCCAGCUGGCGCCAGACCACGAGACGAGCACGGAAGGAACAGAAGAACCUGCUCAUCCUCAGCCUUUGAUCUGGUUUGGUUUGAGCUCAUCAUCUUAAAGGAAAUGGAUUUUGUGGAAAGCUAGACCUUUUCCUCCUCUCUCUCCUCCUUUCUUUUGGA